CUCAAACCCUUUUUGGUUCAGCAUUGUAAAUGCAAGUUGUCAAAUUUAGCCCACAUUUAGUCUAAGUUUGCCCUUCAAACAAGCAAUGUCUGUCGUGUUAGUGAUUUUAUCUCUCUACCUCACCUGUACAGAUGCUGCCGGCACCCAUUGGGGCUACUCCGGAUUAAGCGGCCCCCAGCAUUGGCACAAGCUGUUUGACAAUGCCUGUUCUGGACUGAGUCAGUCCCCGAUCAACAUUGAGAGGGAGAAGGCGAUCUACGACCCCGCCCUGAAUGACUUCGCUAUCUGGCAUGACCCCCCACAACCAGGGUCGUACUUCGACGUCACCAACAACGGACACACAAUCCAAGUUGACACAGUGGGUCCGUUUUAUGUGACAAAUGGUGGUCUCCCGGCUACCUACAACACCGUCCAGUUCCACUUCCACUGGGGCCACAAAAAUGACCACGGGUCAGAGCACAAGAUAGAUGGACACGCCAGCCCAUUGGAGCUCCACGUUGUCAGUUAUAAUUCUGAUACGUAUGACAUGAUCACAGAAGCCAUGGUCCAGCCAGAGGGUCUCGCCGUCCUAGGAGUCAUGUAUGAAAUCGUCGACGAGGACAAUCCCGCGUUAGAACCGAUCAUCAACGCCAUGAACACAGUCAGAGAUCCAGGAGCAAAGGUCAAGGCCCGUAUCGAUGCCCAGCCCAUCAGAAACUUUCUUCCUGAGGAUACGUCCCGCUAUUUCCGUUACAAUGGCUCCCUGACCACACCCGGAUGUUUUGAGAGCGUCAUCUGGACCGUGUUUGAUCAGAAACGCACCAUUUCCCACCGACAGAUGAGAAUGUUCCGUACUCUCCUCCAACACAAGAAGAGACAGGAGAGGAGGAAGAGGAGCACUAAAGGUCGCCGUGAGCUGGCCGCUGAGGAGGUCCUGGACGAGGUGGGAAUCAAAGGAAAGGUCCUGGAGGAGCUGUCACUGGAGUUACAGAUGGAGAAGAGACAGAGGGAGGAGGCUAAAAAGCAGGAGGGCACCAUAAUAAAGGAAUACCAAAUGACACACAACAUGAGUGAAGACGAAGCGGUGAAACUGGAGGACAUCCCCCAGGCCUUCAUACAGGAGGCUUUGUAUGAUAAUUAUCGCCCCGUACAGCCGCUGAACACCAGGACUGUGUACUCAUCAUUCAAGAUAGAACCCAAAAAAGGUCCCUCAAAAAAGAUUUACUGGGGAUACACUGGCAAGAAAGGUCCCUCCAACUGGCACACUUUGUUUGAUAACUCCUGUCUGGGAUCCCACCAGUCCCCUAUAAAUAUUGAGAGGGAGAAGACCAUCUUCAACCCCGACAUCAAUAACUUCAUCUUCUGGUAUGACCCACCUGCCCCCGGAGCCGAGUUCUACGUCCUUAAUAACGGACAUACAGUACAAGUCAACACUAUUGGGCCAUACUAUGUAGCUAACGGUGGAUUGUCCUCAGUGUACAGCACUGCCCAGUUCCACUUCCACUGGGGAUCAGAGGACAGCUUUGGAUCAGAACAUCAGAUAGAUGGACGGUCCUUCCCACUUGAACUACACAUAGUUAACUAUGACUCAGUGACCUAUUCCUCCAUUGGUCAAGCCAUGACAGAAGCAGGUGGUCUUGCUGUCCUUGGAGUACUCUUCAGGAUAGGAGAGAAAGAUAACGAAGCCUUAGAACCAAUCAUACAAGCAAUGAAAGUGGUCCGAGACCCAGAGGACCAUGCAAAGGUCAAGGUUGAAGCUCAGGCGAUUAAGAACUUCCUUCCCGAGGACACCUCUAAGUUCUAUAGGUACAAUGGGUCCCUGACCACCCCCGGAUGCUUCGAGAGUGUCAUCUGGACCGUAUUUGAGGACAAACUCACCCUCUCAGCUAGACAG